UUGCAAAAACAAGCCUUCACUACAAGAAAAAGAAGAGUUGCAUCGAGUGCUUGGUUUCGCUUGAAUCGUGCACCAUCUACAGCAGUCCGAACAGCUCAACAACAAAAGAUGGCGUUGAGCUCGCCUAACCCUGAGCAUCUCCAUGGCUUGGUUGACAUGGGAAGCAACGGCAUCCGCUUCUCCAUCACCGACCUCUCACCACCAACAACGAGGAUUUUACCGACACUCUACACCUCUCGCGCUGGAAUCUCACUCUACGAUGCUCAAUAUUCUUCCUCUGGCGACCGUGUCCCUAUCCCCGAACAUACAAUCGCCAAAGUAAUCGACAAACUAGUACACUUCAAACGCACCUGUACCGAUUUCAACGUCCCGGACAAAAACAUCAAUAUCCUGGCCACUGAAGCUACUAGAACAGCAGUGAAUUCUGAAGUCUUCAGAGCUAGCAUCAAGCAAGCUACGGGUUGGGAAGUUAGACUGUUGGCUAAAGAGGAUGAGGGUAAAGUUGGCGCAUUGGGGGUUGCGACUAGUUUGGGGGAGGUGAAGGGAUUGGUUAUGGAUCUUGGUGGCGGAUCCACUCAGUUGACGUGGCUGAUCAGUGAUGCCAAGACUGGAGAGAUCAAGAUGCCAGAGAGGGGUGCUGUCAGUAUGCCGUUUGGUGCUGCGGCAUUGAGUAGGCGUCUUGUGGAAGCUGAAAGGCAAGGAGGAAACAAGAAGAGGGAAUUUGCAGAGGAGGUCAAGGGGGCUAUCAAGCAGGCGUUUGAAAGUCUGAGUGUUCCUGAUGAGUUGACGGAGUUGGCGAAGAGGGAGGGUGGGUAUGCUUUGUAUCUCUCUGGAGGUGGAUUUCGUGGUUGGGGGUUUGUGCUCAUGAGUCAGCAUAAGGUAUCGCCGUACCCUAUUCCCGUCAUCAAUGGGUUUCGUACGACUAGGGGCGACUUUCUGGAUACUGGUGCUGUUGAAGCUGCAGCUAUGGAUGUCGACUCAGAUGAAGACGCUGCAAUCUUCAGAGUCUCUCAACGACGAGCAAGCCAAGUUCCGGCAGUCGCAUUCUUGGUCACGGCACUCUCGGAAGCCCUACCUCACAUCAAAGAAGUACGGUUCUGUCAAGGUGGUGUCAGAGAAGGCUAUCUCUUCUCCUCUCUCCCAGUCGACAUACGCCAACAAUCUCCAGUGGUUGUCGCCACCUCUGCACACGCUUCCCCUUCAUCGCCACACUAUGCCCAACUACUCCUCACCGCCAUCCCGCCCAACAUCUCUCCCAUCUCUACACCUAUUCUAACAGCAUUCGCAAACCUCUCUGGCCAUUUCUCCUCUCACCCAAAGGAUAUCCGCGCCGCAGCCGCUUUACGCAGCACAAGCACCGGCAUCCUAGCCUCAGCACACGGACUCUCCCACGACGAACGUGCUCUCCUCUGCCUCUUACUCUGCGAACGCUGGGGAGGACUCAAAGACCUGCCUCCUACAGACAUUUCCUUUUUCCACUCCAUGCAAGCACUAGCAGGAGCUGAGAGUGCUUGGUGGGCUAGAUAUCUGGGUCGUGUGGGUGCUUUGAUUGGCGCUGUGUAUCCUUCUGGAAAAGGCCAGGGUGCAAUGACGUUGGGAGCCAGUUGGGGUGUUUCGAAGAAAGGGGAAAAGACUCUGGUGCUCAAGACACAAGACCAGGCGGGCAGAUCUUUGAACUCUAUUGUCGAGGAUGAAAUGGACAAGAUUGAAAAGGCUGGAAAGAAGAAAAACUGGGUUGGAGGAAGAGAUGGCUGGGGUAUCAAGGUCGAUGUACUCUGAUCUUCUCGACGGUAAUUGUAGACUCUAGAAGGGUGCUGUAGAAACGCAUAAUGUUUUCAAAUCUGGGAGACGUUGUUUGUGGAGUGUGAAAGAGGUGGCUAACCUGCUUGACAUGUACUGCUCGGUCGAACGUUACCCUGCGUUUGUACAGAUAUGUCAGAGAUAGACUCCCCUAAGGAGAUUUAUAUCAGGGCACUAACAACAACUUAGCACAGGCUUCAUACCUCUGACUCUAUUUCUCUUGUCUUCUAUGCC